AUGGCACAGACCACAGCAGCAUCAGCAGGUUCAGGAGCGGAAUUGGCGGAUGCUGACGCUCAGCGACAUACCACCUUGACCAUUUCGGCGCCACCCCAAACGCCGACUGCUCAAGCCCCCUCGAUACCCGCUCGACGCCCGCAAGCCACGAGCCUUGGUGCCCGACGUGGUUCUUGCAGAGAACAAGGGCUGAGUCAAGUCCCGACAAGAUCGUGGUCUUCCCUUCUCUACCGCCGCCAGACGACUUGUUUUUUACCAACACAGCAAGCCGCACUAACUCAACCUCGAUCACGCACUCUACCGCCAUCAGCAUUUGACACGACUUCAGAACCAUCUGCCGUUGCCUGUCUCGAAAACGCGCCCUCGACCUCUUCGAGCACCCCCUGCAACGCGGCGUCACUCAACAUGGCUCCAAACAGACCACGCUGUCAGCGAUGCGUCAACAUGAAGAAGCUAUGUGAAGGUGGACACCCGUGUGCUCGUUGCUCGAAAGCCAACACCGACUGCAUACCCCAUACGACCGACGUCAGCCGCUCCGCUGCCGCCAAACCUCCACGUCGGCAAAUAGCGCGGAAGGCUCCUGUGCAACCAUCUCCAGUCGAAGAAGAUUCCGAUCAAGACGAUCAAGACGCGUCCGACGACGACCAGCCCACUCCAGCUCCUCCGGGCUUGCCACGCCUCACGUCCCUACGUACGAAAGCGAGUGGACCAGAUACGUGGCCGGAUCUGAUGUGGUCAUAUGUGGGAAACGGUCAAUACUGCCGAAAGGAUGGUCGCGAUCGUGUGAUGAUGAUGAGGAGAGGAGCUGCCGCGAAGAGGAGCAACUUGGUUGCGCCAACAGCUGCCGUGGAGAGUAGUAGCUCGGCUGGAGGUCUCGGCGACAAUGACACCGCAUUUCAAGGUGUCAUUCCUGCGGCAUUCGGUGCGCCCUUGGGGCCUUCCGCAAACUCCGCCUCUGCUUCUGAAGUCCCAGAGGAGCUCAACGAGCUGGGCUGGAACUGGGCGCUUUGGAAUACACCUAUCGACAACACCUCGACUCGGCCCAUGCAGAGCGACUCGGUCCCUCAGCCCUCGAACACAGAAGCUCAGACCGAAGACAGGCCAGCGCACGGAGAUCUCUCAACUGCCGCGAUCCUCAACCCCACCACCGCCGAAGAUAUCUCCCUGGCCCAGCAACAGCACGAAGACUUCUACACACAGAUCACUGGCAUGGAGCCUUCGACCUUGAGCGAGAAUCGCCAGGGAACGAUGACCGGGCUGAAUCAAGACUCACGUCCACGCCUUGCUUCAAGUGGGCCGCAAUUGACGAGCUCACGUUCUUCAACUCAGGCGGUCGAGUUAGAACAUCCCUUUGGCAACAUCCGCAACACCCAUGCCACCGAAAUGGAGUACGCCAAUGUCCCAACUCAACCCUUGUCUCAGCGCAUGGAGACUCCGCCAUUGCCAGGACAGCGCGCCGGCAUAGAGUCUGGUAGCACACGCAUGCAGCCUUUGGGCGAAGCGAGUACUGUUCACGCCACGGAGGCUCUCGCUACCGCCUCGCAAGCUCACCUCAUCAACACACAACCGCCUCUCAGCCUGGCUGGCAGCAACGCGACGGGUAGCGCGCUUUUAGCUCCGGCGUCCUCUGCACCCGGCACGCAAAACGCUCCUUCCUGGUCAAUGGCUAAGCGCAUCGGUGUCACGGCAGAAGCUAAGUGGGGUUUCACUGUCAUGGAAAAUGGAGCGGAAGGGAGGGGUAACAUGAAGGGCUUGAAAUUGGGUCUUGCGUUUUGUAUUCUUUUGAAGACGUGCUUUUGUUUUUGA